AUGGGUAAGAUUCCGGACACCGCCGCCGCGCGCAAGGCGCUGAAGGUGGCGGAGAUCAAGGCGCUGCUAGAGGAGGCCGGCCUGGCCACCGACGGCACCAAACCCACGCUCCUCGAGCGGCUCGAGGAGCACGUCGCGAAGACCGACGGCGACGACGGAGCCGAGGUCGCGGCCCCGGCGGCGGAGCCCGCGCCGGCUCCAGCCGCCGAGCCCGAGGCCGCCGCUCCCGAGGCAGCCCCGGAGCCCGUGCGGGAUGUCCCGCCUCCCCCGGUCCGCGAGGUUCCCCCGCCGCCUCCAGCUCCCGCCGUCGCGAAGGACGACGCGAAGCACGAAGAGGACGAAGAAGACGGGGGCGAGAAGUGGGUCCUCGUCGCCCCGGCGCCGACGCCGCUGGAAUCCCUGCGCGAGAUGUGCGCCGGAUGCGUCUCCGUCGAACCCCUGGGGGGAGGACCCGCGGAUGGCGCCUCGACGAUGGCGCUCGUCGAGUUCCCCGCCGAGCGAGACGCCCUCAACGCCGUUGCCGCCCUCGCCGCGCUCGGCCACGAGGCGGAGAUUGCGAGACGCACGCUGUGGCAGGACGACGAGGACGACGCGGACGUGACAUCCACGAUCGUCCGCGUCGAGGGCGUGUCGGCGACGAUCCACGAAUCGAUCGUCGCGAGUGUAUUCGGCACGUACGGGACGUGUAUAGCGGCGACGAGGGAGGAGGGCACGGACGCGUUCGCGGUGAGGAUGGCGGACAGGCGCGGCGCGGAGACGGCGACGGCGGCGCUGUCCGGGGUGUACAGGUUCGAGGAGGGGCAGGAGUUCCCCGUGCGCGUGACGUGGUGUCCGUGUCCGUCAAAAAAAAGCGGCGGCGACCGGUCGUCGGCGGCGGGGGAGAAGCGAAAGCGCGACGAGGACGUCGCGAAUGGAGAGGGGGCGACGCUCUCCGCCAAGCAGCUCCUCGCGGUGGGUUUACCGGCGACGACGCAAAGUGGGGAACAGGUGGCUGGCUGGUUCGCGGCGGAGGGCGGCGCGUGUACGCUCUUUGACAAAGAUCGGCGAUGCGCCAUCCUCGCGUUUCCAACCGCGGAUGCCGCGACGGAGGCGCUGGACACGCACGGCGGGACGCUGCGACCGGAGGGGAACCCGUGCCCGGUGACGCUCCGAAGGAUCGCGUGCGACUUGGACGCGAGGCCGAAGAAGCGAUCCGCGGUGCAGGGUCCGCCCCCCGGCGUCUGGCCCCCCGUGCCCAAGCCCGGGCCCGAGUACGGCGAACCCUCGGCUAAGAUUUACAUCGGGUCCAUCCCGCAGGAGUACGCCGAGGACGACGUGAGGCGAAUCUUUAGUACGGUGGGCGAGGUGCGGGAGGUGAAGAUCCUCCGAAAUCCCGGAGACGGGAGGCACAAGGGGAGCGGGUUCGUCACGUUCAGCGACAUCGCGGCGACGGAGCGGGCGAUUCACUUCAUCGACAACAAGUACACGCUCAUCGCGCCGGCGCACCCGCUGCAGAAACCGAUCUACAUGAAGUACGCCAAGAUCGGCCGACCCUCCGCGGCGCCGCAGCAGCCGAUGGUGUACCAACAGCCGAUGGCGUAUCAGCAACCCUAUUACCCGCCCCAGCAGGCGUACGGACACUAUCCCCAGCAUCCCCAGCAGGCGUACGCGCAGUACCCGCAGCAGGCGUACGGGCAGUACCCGCAGCAGGGCCAGGCGCCGCAGGGACCGACACAUCAGCAGCAGCAAAUGUGGCAGCAAGGUUUCGGCGGCGGCGCGCAGCAGUGAAUCGGGUCGGCGGGCGGGCGGGCGAGUACCUUCGUAAUAAGGAGAUAUCAUCUUG